GAUUGUCAGUUACUUGCCCCUUCGAUCUGUCUCAAGAUGAAACGGCUUUUUGUGCUGCUCUGUCUGAUCUUUCUGCUGCCACUUUUGAUGGCGCAAAAUCCACCAGUUAAUAUUCCUGCUGCUGCAAAUCGAGGAAAAGUGCCAAAGACGGUGCCUCAACAGGCUGGAACAGUGGGAUCACGUACCCUGGAAAGUCUGAAGGGCCUGGGAUAAGAGGUCAAGAAGUUAAGGGAUUAUUUUUAAUGAAAAUAAUGAAUGUAUUUAAAAAUGCGUUAUAAAAUAUUAGGAUGUUGAUUAUAUAAACUCUGCAAAAUAUGUUAAGCCUAAA